UUGGUUGCGGUAUAUCGACUUUGAUUUGAUUUUUUUUUUUUUUUUUUUGUCUUCGGUCUCUUCUCCCUCCUCCUUCCCCCGAUGAGCUUCUCUCCUCGCUCUGCACUUUGCACGAGAAAGCGCAGAGGAAAGGCACCAUGAAGUGUUAAAAAUAACAAAACAAAAGCAAAAAAAAAAAAAAAGAGAGAGAGAGAGGAAAAAAAUUUCCUCGCAACAACACCCGCGAACGCUUCCAGCUGCAGUUUGCGAGAGAGAAAGAGAGAGAAGGGAGGAAAGAGCCGUGCGUGCAGAAGGCGCAGAGCCCCUCGCUCUGAUGCAGCAGCGGCAGCGGAGGCUCUGCAGGGGAUAACGCGGAGCGGGCGGAGCGCGGCGCGGCGGAGGAACGGACGGACGGACGGGCGGACGGACGGACGGACAGCAAAGCUGGCUCACCCGGCGGCAGCGCAGAGCAGCGCCCUCGCUCCCGGAGCGCACCCUUUCUGGAGGACUGUCAGCAGCAAAAGGAUGGCAUCAGAACUGGCAAUGAGCGGCUCCGACCUGCCCACCAGUCCCCUGGCCAUGGAAUAUGUUAAUGACUUCGAUCUGAUGAAGUUUGAAGUGAAAAAGGAGCCGGUGGAGACCGAUCGCAUUAUCAGCCAGUGCGGCCGCUUGAUCGCCGGGGGAUCGCUCUCUUCCACCCCGAUGAGCACGCCCUGCAGCUCGGUGCCCCCGUCCCCCAGCUUCUCGGCGCCCAGCCCCGGCUCCGGCACCGACCAGAAGACCCACCUGGAAGACUACUACUGGAUGACGGGGUACCCGCAGCAGCUCAACCCCGAGGCGCUGGGCUUCAGCCCCGAGGACGCGGUGGAGGCGCUGAUCAACAGCAGCCACCACCCGCUGCCCGGCGCCUUCGAUGGCUAUGCUAGAGGGCAGCAGCUGGCCGCGGCCGCCGGCGGCUCGGUGCCGGCCGAGGAGAUGGGCUCGGCGGCCGCCGUGGUGUCGGCGGUGAUCGCCGCGGCGGCGGCGCAGGGCGGCGCGCCCCACUACCACCACCACCACCACCACCCGCACCACGGCGGCGGCGGCGGCGGCGGCGGACACCCCCACGGCGCGGCGCCGGGCAGCGCGCCGCCCUCCUCCGCCUCCUCCUCGGCCGCGGGCUCCGGAGGCGGUGGCGGCGGCGGCGGAGGCGCCGGGGGGCUGCACCACCCGCACCACGGAGGAGGAGGCGGCGGCGGCCUGCACUUCGACGACCGCUUCUCCGACGAGCAGCUGGUCACCAUGUCGGUGCGGGAGCUGAACCGGCAGCUGCGGGGCGUCAGCAAGGAAGAGGUGAUCCGGCUGAAGCAGAAGAGGAGGACCCUCAAAAACAGGGGCUAUGCCCAGUCCUGCCGCUUCAAGAGGGUCCAGCAGCGGCACGUCCUGGAGUCGGAGAAGAACCAGCUGCUGCAGCAAGUGGAGCACCUAAAGCAGGAGAUCUCCAGGCUGGUCCGGGAGAGGGACGCCUACAAGGAAAAGUACGAGAAGCUGGUCAGCAAUGGCUUCCGAGAAAACGGAUCCAGCAGCGACAACCCCUCCUCUCCAGAGUUUUUCAUGUGAGUUCCCACAGCCUUGCCACCUUACCUAAAAGUUCUCCGUGUGAGUUGUUGUUGGGGGCUUUGCUAGAGCGCCGACCCGCCGUGCCACCUUGUAUCACUUUUUGGUUUUCCAACUCAAAACUGCUUUCAGACAAACUCGGGUUUUGGGUUGAUUAUUAUUUUUUUUUUUAAGGUGGGCCGGCUGCGUGUUGGCCAACCUCAAGUUCUACAUCAGUUUCUUUUCUGUUUAUUAUUAUUAUUAUUAUUAUUAUUGUGGGGGCUUGCUGUUUUGUUUUGUUUUUUUUUUUAAAUUUAAAAGACCCAACUCGCCACCAACUCAGUUCUUCAUAUGAAGCUUGCUCUGAAACCUGCCAUCCACAUCAUAUAUAUAUAUAUAUUUUUAAGUUCAUGACUUGUAUUUUUUUUCCUUUGAGCUUGCUGUGUCCAAAAGAGUCAGACCAUAUUGACGUUGUUUCAUUUUAUUUUUUUUUUUGCCAUCCUGAGUUCUUCAUGUGAGAUUUGAGCUUUGCGAAAAGAAAAAUGAAUAAAUGAAAACACGUUUAAAAAAAAAAAAAAAAAAAAAAGCGACAAAAACACAAAAAAAAGCAAAAACCAAAAAAAAAAAAAUACAAAAAAAAAAAAAAGUGAAUUUUUUUUAGACUCCAGCUUGCUGAGUUCCAUCAGUUUUUAGCGUUGUUGUGCGAAACUAGAGGUGUAGCUCAACCUGCCCCAACCAGCCUGCAUCAGCCUUCGGUGUGUCCAUGUGAGUUUUGGCCUUAAUCUGCCAAACGUGAGACUGUAGUCUGCCAUUAGAAUCCCAUCCUCAUCUCAUGCAUUACGCUUGCUAUUUUGUCUUAGCAGCAAUGAACUGUAACUGUUUCAAAAGACUAUGAGAAAGAGACAUUAUAUUAAUAAAAAAGAAAAAAACAAAACAAAAAAAAAAAACAAAAAAAACCCUGCAUGCUGGUCAUGUACGGUAUAAUUAUUUUUUUUUCUUUUUUUUUUUUUUUUUUUCCUUUUGCUUGGAAAUGGACUUUUGGAGACUAUUAUGGCAUGGCAUUCAUCCUUUUGUUUUAUUGCCUCAUCACUUUUUUGGGUUGAAAGCAAAAAUGUGCAACCUUUGAUCUUCCUCCUCUUCCUCCUCCCCAUUAAAGUUUGCAUCUGCUCUAAAACUGCUUUGAGUCACUCAGAACUUCAGACUUCCUUUCCAAUGCACUGAAGCAUUCCCUCUUAGAAAGACAUGCCAGGAUGGAUGUUGGUAACCCGAUGUGGCAAAAAAUAAGUAAAUGAAUGAAUAAAAACACAAAGCGCAGAAAGAACUUUGGGAAGAUGCUCAAAUGCAAAAUUCACAUCCCGCUCGGGGGGACAUUGAAACCGUGCUGUUGCCUAAAAGCAGUCUAAACCAAUUAACUGUAGGUGAUCUGCCCCAUCUUUUGAUUUGAUUUCUUCUUAUUAUUUUUUUCCUUUUUACAUUUGGUCAUGGUCAAAUGUGGAAUGCUCUGGGUUCCUGGUAUAUAAUUUAAUUCUACUUUCUGUCAUCUGUUAGCCCAGUUAAAAUGUAUGCUACAGAUAAAGGAAUGUUAUAGAUAAAUCCGAAAGAGUUAGGUCUGUUUAGAUGUAGAUUUCUAUUAUUAUUAUUUUUUUUUUUUUAAAGAUUGAUGCACUAAAUUGUUUACUGUCGUGAUGUAAAGGGGGGUAGAAUUUGCAACGGGACUGUUUUAAAAAGUAGUUUAUGCAGCAUGUGCUUGCAACUUACCUAUAAGUUGGGUAUAUGUAGUCCUUGCUAUACCACUGACUGUAUUUGAAAACCAAAGUAUUAAAGGGGGGAGGCACCCUUGUUUAUAUCUAUAGGGGUAUUUUACAUUCAAAAUGUAUGGAUUUUUUUUUUUUUUUCAAAAUUGAAGUAUUUGGGACUGAAUUGCACUAAGAUAUAACCUGCAAGCAUAUAAUACAAAAAAGAAAAAAAAAAAGAAAAAAAAAAAAGGAAAAAAAAAAAAAAAAAAGGACAAACCUGUUUAGAACGCUAAUACGAUUUAUGCAGUUAUAAAAGAUGGCAUUACUGCACAGUUUUAAAAUGAUGCAGAUUUUUUUACAGUUGUAUUGUGGUGCAGAACUGGAUUUUCUGUAACUUCAAAAAGAUUCCGCAGUUUUAAAGGCAAUAAUCAGUAAAUUUUAUUUUCAGGGACUGAUAUCCUGUCUUUUAAAAAAGAAAAAUAGAAAAAAAAAUGGAAAGUAAAUCUUACCACAAUAAAUAUAAAAAAAUCUUGUCAGUUACUUUUUUCUUUUACACAUUUUGCUGUGCAAAAUUGUUUUAUAUCUUGAGUUACUAACUAACCACGUGUGAUGUUCCUAUGUGCUUUCCUUUCAUUUUUGACUCUAUGGUUAUAUCGAAAGAGAGAAUAAUCUACAAUAAUAAACUGCAUUUUUUUUUUUCCCCCCCGA